CAUAUUCAAGGGACGUUGUGUAAAGACGCGCUAGCUAUAUACAUAAACUCUUCGCUCCAGUUUAACAAAACAAAUAUCCAGCAUGUUAACGAUGUUGGCUGGUAAGGGAACCAGCUUUGUCAUAUCUGCGCUUCGGAUUGUUUGCAGGAGUAAGGCAGUCCUUGGGCAGCCGUGGAGGUGUCUGUCCACGCAAACCGAUGGAGAAGUCCGCAUCGCGAAAAUACUCAAGGAGAAAUUCCCUCUAGCAUCAUCGCUCAAAGUCGUGGAUAUAUCGGGCGGCUGUGGGGCCAUGUAUGAGGUCCACAUAGAGUCCAGUGAGUUCAAAGACAAGAGAACUAUCCAGCAACACCAACUCGUUAAUCAGGCACUGAAGGAAGAGAUUCAAGGAAUGCAUGGACUGAGAAUAUUUACAGAUAUUCCAAAAUAAUACUAUACAAAUUUCACUGCUACUACAAAAUAUGCCAUGAAUCAACAAUUUGUUGGUAGAUAUUAUACAUAAACAAAUAAUGUUAAAUACAAUAUUACAAAAAAUACUGCAUACAGUAAGUAAACACAAAACAACUGAUGGUCCUGCGUUUAAAGUAUUGCCAUGUUGCCUGAGGCUGUGAGCCAAAUAUAUACUCUAAUGUCCCAGCAUAGUUUAUGUAUUGCACCUGAAUCAGUCAACACACUGCACAUGGGCAUAGUGUAUUUAUUUAUGAUAUACCAAGACUAUGUAAGAAUGUAUAAGCAAUUUUUGCUUGACUCGCUCCAUUAAACUAUUUUGUAUUAUUA